AUUUUAUCAAAGUAUAAGGAAUAACAAAAAUCAUAAGACUUCAUCACUAUCAUCGCUCGGGAGAAAAAUUGAUAUUGAAGGAUAUUUGUUUACUUUGAAGCUCCCAUUUCAAAAGCGAGAUUAUUACGACAAAAACAUUACGAUUAUCCUAAGCAACAAUAAUAAUAAAGAUUUUAAAAGAGAGAACAGGAUGGACUUAGAUAAGUUUAUUCCUUCUUUAAAUAAAACGCAAUUGAGAGAAGAAAUUUCUACCUAUAAAAUGCCACUCCAAAUUGUCGGUAUUGUCGUCGUCAUAACGAUAAUCUUAACUUGUUGUUGCACAUUGCAUUUAAGAAAGAAAUUAAUGGCUUUAGUAAAUAAGGUGGUAGGAAAAAAGAAAAAAGAUAGAUUAUCGUCGUUGGAUGUAGAAAAGGGCAAGAGAGAAUCGAAGAGUGACUUGAUAGGUGUAAAAAAGAUACAAAAAAAGGAAACCAAGCCAGUAACUCAGAAUGUAACACAACCAGUGCCGCAACUUGCUAUGACAACAUCUAGUAUUCAAGCAGAACCAUCGCCAACUGGAUGUUGCAAAUGUUUCAAAAAAAAAAGAAAGAAAACUCGAAAGAAGCACAAGAGAUAAUAAGAACUUAUAAGUACAUAUAAAUAUGUACUAUUUUUUUUUUUUUUUUAUUCAUUUGAGCAAUUAUUAAGAAAGAAAAUUAUUAAGCAUCAUUAUCGAUUAUUAUAUAAUUAUUAGAUAAAUAUUAAAAGUUAAUCAAAUUGAUAAAGAUAUGAUAAAACCAAGAUGAUAAGAUAUCGAGAAGGUUAAUUAAAGCGACCUGUAAUAAGUACAAUAUAUUUAUGUCUCCGUAAAAGGAUAGACAAUUUUUCAGCAAUUUUUAAAUACAUAAUUAAGUAUUAA